AUGGAGAUGAGACAGAAACUUGUGCACGAUCUGAAUUAUAAAAUAAACGAGAUGUCGAAGCUAGUAGCCGAUAACAAAUCGUUUCUUGAUAAACUACAAGACAUGAGUGUAAGAAUACAACAUGAACAACAACAUAAACCAACAAGCACAACUAAAAGAACAACAACAACAAAAAGAACAACAACGAAGAAAACAGAUACAAAACUGAUAAUACCAAUUGUAGUGUUUGCUUUCAAUCGACCCUCCGUGUCACAAUGCCUCGAUCUUCUCGUUAAAUACCAACCACAAGGGGGCAGUGUAAGCUUCCCGGUUGUUGUAAGUCAAGACGGAAACGAUAUUGCAACUUCCAAGGUUAUUCAGGGAUAUAAUGAUACGCAUAAGAUAUCCAACUACAUUCGUCACCCUGAUCCAGGAGAAAGUUUGAUUCCUCCAAAGCAUAGGGGAGGUCUAAGGGGUUACUACAAGUUAUCCAUGCAUUAUAAAUGGGCUAUCACACAGGUGUUCUCCUUGUUCCCUUCCUCUGAUUCGAUCCUCAUCCUUGAAGACGACCUGGAGGUUGCUCCGGACUUCUUUUCCUACUUCUCCUCCAUGCACAACCUCCUCCUGCGUGACCCAUCAAUCCUCUGCAUCUCCGCUUGGAACGAUAAUGGGAAGACGGGGCAAAUCGAUACAGGAGGGGAGAAGAUGGUUUAUCGAUCGGAUUUCUUUCCAGGGCUUGGAUGGUUAUUGAAGAGAAGCACUUGGGACGAGUUGGAACCAAAAAUGGCCGCUGGCUUUCUGGGACGACUGGAUCCGACACCCAGACCAAAUGCAGGGACGUGCUUGUAUUCGGCCAGAAAUAUUUUAAACCAAAACCUUUGGGCCCAAUGGUUGGAUUGGGGCAAAGAGGAUUUAUCAUAUCUUGAGAUGCAGAUUUAUGAUCGUACUUUUCUCACAAAAGUUUAUUCAGCGCCGUCUGUUUCUCUAAAUGAACUUCAAUCAAACUCAAAACCUUCGGAAAAAGAAGUCAGACUUGAAUACACCAACAGUGCUGUGUUUAAAACUUUCGCUAGAGCAUUGGGUAUUAUGGAGGACCUAAAAUCUGGUGUUCCACGAACUGCAUACCAUGUCUUCUUCAGCAUUGAUAAUCAACAUAGUUUGAAACAUCCGCUCAACAUGAGUUUAUUAUCCUGA